UCGUGAGACGACCAAAGACGACCAACGCUCUGCUCUCUCACCUUCUCGCUAUCUGUCUCUCUGUGUCUCGCGUUAGAAACAGAGUCUUAGAGAGAUGGAUUCGGACGAAGGAAAGGUUUUCAUAGGAGGAAUAGCGUGGGACACCACUGAGGACACUUUGACCGACUAUUUCGGCCAGUACGGUCAGGUUUCCCAGGCCGUCAUCAUGCGCGACAAGCCCACCGGCCGCCCUCGUGGCUUCGGCUUCGUCAUCUUCUCCGACCCCUCUGUGCUCGACCGUGUCCUCCAGGAUAAGCAUACCAUCGAUGGCCGCACGGUGGAGGCAAAAAGGGCUUUAUCAAGAGAGGAGCAGCAGACCUCCUCUAGAACUGGAAAUUUUAAUGCUGGCAGAACCUCUGGAGGGGGAGGAAAUUUUAAGACCAAAAAGAUAUUUGUUGGAGGGCUGCCUUCCAAUCUUACAGAAGAUGGGUUUCGUGAGUAUUUUGAAAAUUAUGGACAAGUAACUGAUGUGGUAAUAAUGUAUGACCAGAAUACGCAACGGCCUCGUGGUUUUGGUUUCAUAACAUUCGACACUGAGGAUGCAGUUGAUAGAGUUCUUCACAAGACCUUCCAUGACUUGAAUGGUAAAUCAGUUGAGGUCAAACGAGCUCUUCCUAAAGAUGCAAAUCCUGGUGGUGGUGGGGUCCGAGGUGGGGGCUAUCAAGGUUACAAUGCCUCUAGUGCAAAUUCAAAUAUGUUUGAUGGUCGGACAGAUGGCAGUAGAUUUAUGCAGCCUCAAACUACUGCAGGUGGUUUCCCACCAUACUCUGGCUAUGGUGGACCAGGUUAUGGUUAUGGAAGUUAUGGUGGUUAUGGUGUUAGUGGUUAUGGUAGUGCAAAUACUGGAUUUGGCAAUCCUGCAGGAGCAUAUGGAAACCCCAAUGCCCCUAAUGCUAGUUAUGGAAGUGGGGCGCCAGGUGCACUCAAAAAUACUUGGAGCAGCCAAACUUCUCCUGGGUAUGGUGCGUCAAGCUAUGGUGGAAAUGCAGGGUUUGGAGCCGCAGCAGCUUCUUGGAAUUCUCCAGGUAGUGGCGGUCCUAUUUCUGCUCCAAGGGGUCAAUCACCAAGUGGAGCUUCUGGGUAUGGGAAUCAAGUUUAUGGAUAUGGUAACUAUGGUGGAAGUGAUGCUUCUUAUUCUGGUGGGUAUGGGGCUACAGGGGGGCGUGGUGGAAAUGUCCCAAGCAGCAAUGCUGGUGGUGGUGCUAGUGGAACAGAGCAACCGGGGAUUGGUGGUGGUUACAUGGGAAGUGGCUAUGGUGACACAAAUGGAAACUCAGGGUACUCCAAUACAGGAUGGAGAUCUGACCCUUCACCAGCCACUGGGGGUUAUGGAGCUGGAUAUGGUGGUGCUCAGUCUAGGCAGGCUUAACACUAGUAAUCCGGUAGUUGCAUUUCUGUUGGUUACGAACUAGGUUGUACUUGCCCUAUUGUGAAACUCUAGGCAAUGAUGGCGACAGAACAAGGAUUGCUUGGAAGCCUUGGAUUGCUUUAUUCUCAGGUUUGAUUGCUUUAUUUUUGCUGGUAGUAGGCAGUAGCAUUGCUGUUGUUAUAUUGUGAGAAGAAGUUUUCAGUAGCAGCAUAUUGGUUCUUUUAUCUUUAUAUAAAGAGGAAGAUUUGAAGUUUACUUUA